CCGCAUCCUCAAGGGUCAACUGCAAAACCGGACAGGAGAGGAGACGGUCAUGACCAUGGAUACAUUCCCCCAUGUGGGCCUGGUCAAGGUGUACUGUGUAGACUUCCAGAUUCCAGACAGCGCAGCCACAGCCACAGCGUACCUGUGUGGCGUCAAGUCCAACCUGAACACAGUUGGGGUGAACGCGGCCGCGCGCAACGGGGUGUGUCGUACGCAGAAGGGCAACGAGGUCACCUCCAUCCUCAAGUGGGCCAAAGAUGCAGGGAAGUCGGUGGGCAUCGUCACGACGACCCGGGUGCAGCACGCCACUCCGGCGGCGUCCUACGCCCACAGCGCCAGCCGGAAGUGGUACUCUGACGCGGACAUGCCCGCGGCCGCCAAGCGGGAGGGCUGCACCGACAUCGCCUCUCAGCUGCUCAACAACACGGACAUCGACGUGAUCAUUGGAGGGGGGAGGAAGUACAUGACGCCCAAGGGCACGAGGGACCCUGAAUACCCAAAGGACCUUACCGCGGUGGGCCAAAGGACCGACGGGCGGAACCUGGUCUCGGAGUGGCUGAAGAUGAAAGAGGGGAAGGUUGCGCGGUACGUUUGGAACCGCACUGACUUCGACGCUGUUGACCCUGCAACCACAGAUUACCUCAUGGCCUUGUUCGAACCUGGCGACAUGCGCUUUGAGGUGGAGAGGGACCCUGCAAUGGACCCCUCCAUCACCGAGACCACAGAAAAAGCCAUCCAAAUUCUGCAGAAAAACCCCAAGGGAUUCUUCCUGCUGGUGGAAGGCGGGCGAAUCGAUCAGGGGCACCACGCCAGCCGGGCGUCCAUGGCGCUGCAGGAGGCGGUAGCGCUGGACACCGCCGUGGCGCGCGCGCUGGAACUGACGCGCGAGGACGACACGCUCACUCUGGUCACCGCCGACCACUCCCACUCCCUCUCCUUCAACGGCUACCCCUUCCGAGGGAACAGCAUCCUGGGAAAAUCUCCGCUGUUUGGGACCGACAACAUGCCCUACACAACACUGAUGUAUGGAAAUGGACCAGGACACAAAAUUGUCAACAACACGCGACCCAACAUCAGCAAGGUUAACACAGGCUCUAAGGACUACGUGCAGCAGGCGGCCACCCCGCUGGCGAAGGAGACGCACGGAGGGGAGGACGUGGCCGUCAUGGCGCGAGGCCCCAUGUCUCACCUGUUCCACGGGAUUCAGGAGCAGAGCUACAUCCCCUACGCGCUGGCCUACGCGGCCUGCAUCGGGCAGGACCAGAGCCACUGCCUGUUCCAGCAGCCCUCCCAGCCCACGCCCACCGCGACCACCCCAAAGAGCUCCGCCCCCGCCACGCCCUCCGCUCACCUGGCUGCUGUUCUCCUGAGUGCCCUGCUGGCUGCCUCGCUGCACUGAGACACAGCGGAGCACGGAGUGGGACACGUUCUUCCACUGGCACCCGUGGAUCUCGCAAGGCACUGAACUCUGAACACUUCUGUUUUAAAAAUUUCAGAUUAAAAGCUGUUAAAUAGGAAAUUUAGUAAUAAACAUUAUAAUAAGUUUUAUAAAUCAUUUUGUUGAAACAUGUUUUUUUAAUAAACCCAGGAGAUCUC